ACUGCCCAAGAUGUCAACGCCACGAGAGCAAGAGGCAGCAGAAUACCUCAAGAAACACAACAUUAGUGACCUGAUGGAUAAUUUAACUAGUAUGCUUUUCUUCUACAGACCAGAGCGCCCUAGGGAAUUUCUGAUUGACCAGUUGGAAAAGCUCAAAGUGUCCAAACUCCGUCCAGGGGACUGUCCAUGUCUCUUUAAUGACUCCAAUUUAGAAGCACUGUUCGGAAUCCUGGAUCCUUCCCAUCAAGGUUACAUCACUUAUGGUCAAUACAAAGAAGCACUGAAGACACUUGGUAUCAAGAAUUUCAAUGAGUUCCCAGAUGGAACUAGUGAUGACAGAAUAUCACAGGAGACAUUCAUAAGAGAGGCGAAAGAAGGGCUGCUCAGAAUUACAGCAACAUUCCAGGCAUAGGUUUUCUUUUGGGAAUUCAAAACAUAAGGACAUCUCUGUUCUUAUUAGCAUAAUAAGCAUCUUUAUAACUGUUUUUGCAUUAAAAUAGUGAUUUAGAUGGAAAACAUUUCCAUAUAUGUAUUCAAAUGUGAUUUGAAAUAAACCAAAUACCUUGUGCAAAUAGAAUGUUUUCACAUGUCCCACACCAUGCUAUCUAUCUAUCUAUCUAUCUAUCUAUCUAUCUAUCUAUCUAUCUAUCUAUCUAUCUAUCUAUCUAUCUAUUCUGUCAGUCUCUCUGUC